UGCGGCGGAGCCGCUCCCGGGGUGAGGGUUCGCACCAGCCCCUGAGGCAAACACUGCGAGCGACCGAAACUGGCCGUGAGGCUUCCUGAGUUACUAGAUGACCUUUUGGGGCUCCUUGGUGAAGGCACAGUGACAUGUUGGCGUUGAGACAUUGAAAAAAGACUAACCGGAGGAGCCGGGCUUGUUCCCAUCCUGAGCUCACUCAGGGGCCUUAGCCCGUUGGCUGGCAAGGGACAGGCAGAACCGAUGGCAUCAUCUUCCUCCUUGCUGUAGUGACUUCUCUCUUUCUGGCUCUGGCGGACGUCUGAGUGAAAGGUCAGCUGGCCCUUCAGCCUGUGUGCUAACGGGCUGGGCGGAGAGCCGCCUCGCAGGCGCCUUCAGGAUGCCCGCGGCCCUGGUGGAGAACAGCCAGGUCAUCUGUGAGGUCUGGGCCAGCAACCUGGAAGAGGAGAUGCGCAAGAUCCGCGAGGUCGUGCUCAGCUACAGCUACAUCGCCAUGGACACGGAGUUCCCUGGUGUGGUGGUGCGGCCCAUCGGGGAGUUCCGCAGCUCCAUCGACUACCAGUACCAGCUGCUGCGCUGCAACGUGGACCUGCUGAAGAUCAUCCAGCUGGGCCUCACCUUCACGAACGAGAAGGGCGAGUACCCUUCCGGGAUCAACACCUGGCAGUUCAACUUCAAAUUCAACCUCACGGAGGACAUGUACUCCCAGGACUCCAUCGACCUCCUCGCCAACUCGGGGCUGCAGUUCCAGAAGCACGAGGAGGAAGGGAUCGACACGCUACACUUCGCAGAGCUGCUCAUGACCUCGGGGGUGGUGCUCUGCGACAACGUCAAGUGGCUUUCGUUUCACAGUGGCUACGACUUUGGCUACAUGGUGAAGUUACUUACGGAUUCCCGCCUGCCAGAGGAGGAACAUGAGUUCUUUCAUAUCCUGAACCUUUUCUUCCCGUCCAUUUACGACGUGAAGUACUUGAUGAAGAGUUGCAAGAACCUUAAGGGCGGCCUGCAGGAAGUUGCCGAUCAGCUGGAUUUGCAGAGAAUCGGAAGGCAGCACCAGGCGGGCUCAGACUCACUGCUGACGGGAAUGGCGUUCUUCAGGAUGAAAGAGUUGUUUUUUGAGGACAGUAUUGAUGACGCCAAGUACUGCGGGCGGCUCUACGGCCUGGGCACGGGGGUGGCCCAGAAGCAGAACGAGGACGCGGACUCCGCCCAGGAGAAGAUGAGCAUCCUGGCCAUCGUGAGCAGCAUGCAGCACUUCCAGCCGCCUCUGCCACCAGCAUCCAGGCUCCUCGAUACCUUUUUAAAUGCCCAGGACACCAGGAACAAUGAGUAAAAUGUCUAUAACGUUACCCGUUGUCAUUCUUUUUCUUGUUCGUUGUCGCUGCGCCCUGAGGAAGACGCCGGGCCCUGGCCCGCGGGGGCGCAGCGGACGCCAACGGGUGCUGCGUGCAGCGGCGCGUCCUCCCGCCCCCCUUUCCUGAGCCUUCUUCGGGACACGUGUCGGCGCUUUGCUGGCCUUUCCGCGCGGUCUUGGAGAUGAAUUAGAGCUGAAACUCGACAACCCGGUCAUGAAAACUUGGCUUAAGAACAGCUCCCCGCUUCGGCCGCCACUCGGGAUCCGCUGCAGGACGGGUAGCGCCCCGACCUCUCGCCCUCGGCUGUUUCCUUGCGCCGCCGAGGCCGCCGCGUUUGACUCAUUUUACCUUUACCUGUCAUGAAAUACCCCGGAUUUGCUCCUGACGGAAAAGCAGGAGGCGCGGCUCUCUGGAUCCCAGGCCUGGCAGCCUCUGGAAUGUGGCUUCAGAUGGGCCGUGGGUAGCCUCCCCGCCCCCCGCUUUCCUCCCGGCGCCCAGAGGCUGGAGCCGGGGUCCCCGGGGUCAGGUACUUGUAAACCGGGCAGUGAAGGGCCCGGGCGGCUCAGCUUCCUGGGGCCACGACCGGGCUGGUGCACGGGACUGAUUUUUUAAGACACCCGCGUCGUGACGUGCCAGGCUCUGGACGCCUGCGCCGGACCGCGUGGAACCCCAGCCCCGGCGGCGGGAGUGGGAACCCCCUCAAGCGUGUUGCCUUUUAAAAGCUUGUGGAAAACUCAAUUUGAAAUGAUUAAAAAAUGUCAGGUGUUAUAAACCAGUAUUUAAGAUGCUUGUAAAUAUUAUUUAUGUUUUUAAUUUUGUAAAAUAAAGAUUUCUUUUUAACCGCUGGCAUGAAGGCCUGGUCCUUGCUGGC